UCCGAUGAUUUGCGUCGGUUGGUGGUUCUGAUGGGCGCCUCAUUGUAAUGGCGGCCAUUGUGGCUGCUGCUGCCGCCUCCGCUCUAUGGCCCUAAGAACGGUUGUCUAGCGAUCGGUGGCUCCUGCUGUUCCGCGAUGGCCCACGGAGAUUGUCCUCUGGCGCGCAGGCCGGGGGUGGGGGUGGCAACUUUUGUGACCAGCUCAGGCUGGCCUGGCUGCGUCCUGCUCGGCAAAAGGAAAAGCUCGUUCGGUGCGGGCACUUUCCAGCUACCCGGGGGCCACCUGGAGUUCGGAGAAAGUUGGGAAGAUUGUGCCAAACGGGAAGUUCUUGAAGAGACAGGGCUUCACUUGAAGAAUUUGUACUUUGCUACGGUUGUAAAUGGUAUCAAGUUAGAAGAAGAUUAUCACUACAUCACAAUUUUCAUGCAGGGAGAAGUAAAUAUGGAUUAUGACUCCGAGCCAAAGAAUUUGGAACCAGAGAAGAAUGAAGGAUGGGAAUGGAUCAGAUGGGAAGACUUCCCACCAGCAGACCAGUUAUUCUGUCCUUUGGCUUGUGCAAGACACAUUUAUCAUCCAUUUCAAGAAAGACUUAAAAAUGUUGCUGGAAAUUUGCCAGUAUGACAAUUUUAAUUAAAAUCAUCUAUUUUGUUUAAUGUUGAACAAAAUGUUUACAAGAAUUGUGGAAUCCCGACUGAUGGUUAAGAAUUGGAAGCAAUAAAUUAGAUUACCAACAUCACUGAGCUACUUUUGGAUGUAUA